AUGGUACAGACCCUGGAGAUCCGCGUGGUGGAGGAGACCCUUGCUUUAAGGAAGGAGGGGAUCGGGGUGGUCCUGGACUCUGAAUUGCCUCACUUAAUUGGCAUUGAUGAUGACCUUCUCAGUACUGGAAUCAUCCUGUAUCAUCUGAAGGAAGGAAGGACCUACGUUGGCCGUGAAGAUGCCACGACUGAGCAGGACAUUGUUCUUCACGGCCUGGACCUGGAGAGCGAACAUUGCGUCUUCGAGAACCUCAGCGGCACCGUGACCCUGGUCCCGCUGGAUGGAGCCCAGUGUUCCGUUAAUGGGGUGCAGGUUGUAGAACCCUGCCAGCUGAACCAAGGUGCUGUCAUAUUACUGGGGCGGACCAACAUGUUCCGGUUUAAUCACCCCACGGAGGCUGCCGAGCUCCGGGAGAAGAGGAAGAGCGGGCUCCUGUCCACUCUCAGCCUGUCCAUGACGGACCUCUCCAAGUCCUGCGAGAACCUGUCAGCGGUCAUGCUCUACAACCCGGGACUCUUCGGCGUAAAGGGGCCCGUCUGUCUCAGGCUAGAAUUCGAAAGGCAGCAGCGCGAGGAGCUGGAGAAACUAGAGAAUAAACGGCGUUUGAUUAAGGAGAUGGAGGAGAAGCAGAGGUGCGAGAAGGCGGAGCUGGAGCGCAUCCAGCAGGAGGUGGAGUCCCAGCGCAAGGAGUCGGAGCAGGUGCAGCUGCGCAUCCGCUGGCAGGAGGAGAGCCUGAUGCGCCGCAGUCGCGACAUCGAGAGCCGGCUGCGCGACCUCCUGGCCGAGAAGGAGCGCUUCGAGGAGGAGCGUCUGAGCCGUGCCCAGGAGGAGCAGGACCGGCUGCAUGAGGCCCAUUGCAAGGAGCGUGCCGAGAAGACCGAGAUCUUCCGUGAGCUGGAGAAGCUGCGGCGGGAGCGUGACGAGCAGGCCAUGCGAAUGGAGGCGGAGAAGCGGCGGCUGGAGGAACAGGAGCUAGAACAGCGCCGCCUGGUGGGCCGGCUGGAGGAGCAGCUACGUGAGAAGCAGGAGAGCAUGGGUCUCUUGCGCAUGGAUGAUGUGCAGAGGGCCGAGGACGAGCGUGCUGUCCUGGAGGGCAUUAGGGGUGCCCUGCUGGAGGCCAAGGAGGCGCGGCCUGACGGCAAUGAGGAGCACCCAGAGGUGCGGAUUGCCAAGGCCCGCUACGUGGACUUCAAGGUGGCGCAGCUGGCACAGCUGGAGCGGCUGCGGGCUGGGCUCCUGCGGCAAAAGGAGCGUCUGGAGACGGACGUGCAGAGCGAGCGGAAGGCCCUGGGUGUGCUCCUUCACGCCCAUGAGGAGCACCAACGGCAGGAGGCAGGCGCCCAGGACGUGGCCAGGCUGGCGCAGGAAAAGGAGCGCAUCUCGCAGGCGGAUCAGUGGCUCCGCUACAAGGAGCGGCAGCUGGAGCGCCUGUCACAGACGCGACUACCUGCUUUAGAGGAGGAGCGCCGCUCCGUGGCGGAGAUCUUGGAGCGGGGCCCUCCGGGCCUGGACAACGCCCUCUACCAGGUGGAGAAGGAGCUGGAGGAGAAGGAGGAGCAGCUGUCGCUCUACCUGGCCAGUGCAGACCAGCUGCAGCAGCUGCGGGAGACCUACGAGUUCACGGCCAAUGUGGCCCGACAGGAGGAGAAGGUGCGCCGCAAGGAGAAGGAGAUCCUGGAGUGCCGCGAGAAGCAGCAGCGCGAGGCCCUGCAGGAGGCGGUGGCACGCCUCGAGAGACGGCACUCCGCCCUGCAGCUCAGCUCCACGUUGGAGCUGGAGCUGGAGGAACAGAAGCGCAAGCUCUCCGGCCUGGACCUUUCCCACAGCCAGGCGGGGCUUCAGGCCAGCUUGGAGGCGGAGCACAGGACCAUAGAGCUGGACAGGGAGAGGCUAGAGAGAGAGAUCCAGCAGCUAAAGCAGAGGAUCCGGGAGAGCGAGGGCAGCCCGCGGAGCCGGCACAGCAGCGGGGACGAGAAGGCUGGCCUGGGCACAUCCCCGGUCAGCCCCGGGAGACCUGGCAUGCUGCCCAUCGCCGACGACAGGAUCAGCGCAUACAUCGAGGAGGAGGUACAGAGGAGGCUGCACAAGAUGAAUCUCUUCAAUGGUGGGGCCGGCAUCGAGCUCUCGCUCCCCUGCGAAGCCCUGAAGGGGGGACAGGCAUCUAAUAGUGAGUGUAGAGAGACAGACGAGGAAGAGGAGAAACCUCAAAACGGGAUUGAUCUGCGUAAGCUGAAGUAUGAGCGCCUCAUUUCCCGCUCUCUCGGACCCUGCCGAGUGGAUAUGAAGAACCCGGUGAAGAUCAGCAUUCCUCGCUAUGUUCUGCGCGGUCAAGGCAAAGACGAGCACUACGAGUUCGAGGUCAAGAUCACAGUCCUGGACGAGACGUGGGCGGUGUUCAGGAGAUACAGCCGCUUCCGCGAAAUGCACAAGACCCUGAAGAUGAAAUAUCCUGAGCUGAGCUCCCUGGAGUUCCCACCGAAGAAGUUGUUCGGAAACCGGGAUGAAAGAGUGGUCGCCGAGCGGAGGAGUCACCUGGAGAGGUACCUGAAGAACUUCUUUCAGGUGAUGCUGGACUCGAGGGACUCCCCGCUGCACGCAGAGCGCUCCGGCUUCCGGCUGUCUAAGCACGCCAUCUGCGAGUUCUCCCCAUUCUUCAGGAAGGGCGUGUUCGACUACAGCAGCCAUGGUACAGGCUGAGGGCAGGGCGGUGGACUUUCAGGAGAGUGUUUCUGCACAGCCUUGCUCAGAUUACCGCAGCUCGACACUUAGGAGUCCGGAUCAUACGCCUGAAACCAGGUUCCGUGCUGAUCCGGAACUGUUCCGAGUAUUUUCACAGAGAGAACGGGCAACCGACACCCUCCCAAGAAAACAGACAAAUAAAGCAUUAUCCUGUUAAAUCUUCUUGAUGCAUUAUGUCCACCACUGUACAUUGGGCUGCGGUUUUUUCUACAGUGUUUCGCUGUAGCUGACGGGGGCGUCUUUGAGCUGUUUUUUUCAUCGCUCUCUCGCUUCCCUUUCUCCAUGGCAAGGUCCCUGCCUCUGGGUUUGGUCAGACGCAACCAACCUCAGAAACAAAGGCGAAAGUUUAGCCUCCCGCCUCCUGGCAGCGCCUCAGGGCUGCUGUCUUUUGAAUUUCCAUGGGCCAAUAAAUUAAUAACAAAAUGAGCCUGAAACUGGUAAUUGAGUUUUGAAGGCAUCCAAGAGGAACCGGCCAUAGUCUGCAAAGCAACUGCAGUAGAACUUUCUACCCAAGUUAAUCAUCCGUAGUUUUCAAUUAUGCCUCACCCUUCUGUGAGUCUGCGUGCGGUUUCAAGUAUCUGGCUGGGGUAUAGCGCAUUCAAACAACAUCCAUGGCAGCAUUUUUCAUUUGGGUCUCGUCCUCCAUGGCCUUGUGCCGCCUGGAUUCAGUAGUAUGCCUUGGAUCUCAUCUUCUUCUGCCCGUUGCUGCGGCAACCACCCGCAAAGGUGACGGCAGAAUGGUGAAAAGGCAGAGGCUGUCGGAUACUCUUCGGGCCAUUAAGCUUAGCGUUAAAUCAGCGGCGCACUGUUUUGAGGAACAGGUGUGCCAUAACCUCUGUUGACCCCUCCCCCAUUAAACAUUGAACGUGAAGGUGGGCCGGGACAUUUACUGUCUUUAUUUCAGUUAAAUAAAGAUAAAUCUCCAGGGUAUGACAAGCAGGGGAGCAGGAAAAGGGUGCCUCAGUUUUAUGGGAGAUGUGAAAAUCCAGAAAAUUCAGAUACCGGAUCUCCGUGCGCUAUUGAAGCUGCACCUCAUUGUGAAGUUCGCCACAAAGACUCUUUGUACUCCGGGCUGCUAAAGGCUUCCUAUAUGAUUCCCGGGCAACAAUGUUUCUGUCAGUCUCUGCGAUUUGUUUAGAAUAGAUUAGCAUAUUCAUGCCGAGUGCCACAUACCGAAACAAUGCAUUAAAGCGCUACCAAGGCAUCUAUUAAUUUCCAGUAAAAGCCGCACGACUUUCAAGAAUUGUUAAUUUUUCAUUUUCCUUCAUUGCACAUUCAGUUUAGGCCGAAUGUUCAAAAAUAAACACAGAAAUGGAAUCUUUUCGGAAGAAACACUAAUAAACAGAAGAAGCUCUUUAUCUGCCCCAUUUAAAUAUUUUAGGGUGAUAAUUAACAUUUAAAAAGAGCAUUAUAAGAGCAAAUUUAAAUGUUUCAUUUGGCUUAUCUGGUCCCAGGUGAUGGGUGGAUUCAUAAUAUAAUGUCCCGCAAACUAAAAGCUUUGACAUAUUUCAAAAUGGGAUAUGAAAAAGGUGGAAUUAAAUGUGUCCGGAAAGACAAAAUGCCACCUCUCUGUGCUCCAUGGUACCGUCACGGCACAGCUCAGCUGUGGCAUUUAAACCCUCAGGGUUUUUGUCACUGGUGGGCGGAGCUUUCUGCGGUUUGUCGAAGGUCAGCUGGCUUCCUUCAGAGCACGCCUUUAGGAGAUGCAGUUCCUGAUGAUGACUUACAGGAGUGACGGUUCUGGCAGAGAUCUGUUGCGCACUGGAAAAUCUCCUUGCCUUGAGCAUGAGGCUUCCUCCCCACGCGGCGUCCAACUCCUGCUCAGGUCCAUUUUGCAACCGAAGUCUUCCAGCGUAGGAACGCUAACAGAAGACACGCUGUGUCUCCUCAGGGACUCGGGUCCCCAAGCCUGGCCCAUUCACUGUGUAGAACUGCCCACUACUUAAUACUCACUACUAAUUAAUGACCGACCUCAAACUGCACUCCAGCUUACCUAUCCUGCCUUCUGGUUAAUGAUAUUGGCCAACUUCCUGAUUAUCUCUUGCAAGCCAUAGAAAACAGAAUGUAUCUAUGUAACCACAUUGUUAGCAAACAGCAAAAUGGUUGUAUUUACAUAUAAACACACGUGUAAUGAAUGUCACGAAGGGAAUGUAAAUCAGACAUUCAAAUCGACAUUUCCUCUAUUGUGUGUUGCCAUGUAUUUAUUUGCAUCCCAACAAGACGAAGAAGCCCACCAUUUUGUCCUUGUGACAAUCAGACUUUUCACUACUAUAUGAUUGUUCAUCGUGUUUUGAUGUCUCAGAGCGACUCUGAGCUGGAUUACGACGUUAAGCUGGUCUGUCUGUGGAUGACUAAUGUAUGUGAUGCAGGAAAUUGUUCAGAUCUUGUUUUGGGAGAAAUAUUGCAGUUUGUUUUGAGAGUCUUUGUCUCAUGUAUAUUCUUCAUGUACAAAGACCAGUCCAAGCUGAUUUUGAUUUUUAGUCACACUGGCUAAAUAAAUUGCUCACUUUGAC